CCGCCGCAGCGCCAUGAAGAUCAAGGAUGCCAAGAAGCCGUCUUUCCCAUGGUUUGGCAUGGACAUUGGGGGAACUUUGGUCAAACUUGCCUAUUUUGAACCAAUUGACAUCACUGCAGAGGAGGAGCAGGAAGAAGUGGAAAGCCUGAAGAGCAUCCGCAAAUACCUGACUUCCAAUGUAGCCUAUGGAUCCACUGGCAUUCGGGAUGUCCACCUGGAGCUGAAAGACUUAACAAUUUUUGCUCGAAGAGGAAACUUGCACUUUAUUCGGUUCCCAACUCAUGAUUUGCCUACCUUUAUCCAAAUGGGAAGAAAUAAAAACUUCUCAACACUACACACGGUGCUCUGUGCCACUGGCGGUGGUGCCUACAAGUUUGAGGAAGACUUCCGCACAAUUGGAAACCUCCAGCUGCACAAACUGGAUGAGCUUGACUGCCUUGUCAAAGGCUUAUUGUACAUAGACUCUGUCAGCUUCAAUGGCCAGGCAGAGUGCUAUUAUUUUGAAAAUGCCUCAGAUCCCGAGAGAUGCCAGAAGAUGCCUUUUAACCUGGAUGAUCCAUACCCAUUGCUGGUUGUUAACAUUGGUUCAGGAGUCAGUAUUUUAUCAGUCCAUUCCAAAGACAACUAUAAAAGAGUAACUGGAACAAGUCUAGGUGGAGGCACCUUUCUUGGGUUAUGCAGUUUGCUGACAGGCUGUGAAAGUUUUGAGGAAGCUCUGGAAAUGGCAUCCAAAGGAGACAGCACACAUGCUGACAAGCUGGUUCGGGAUAUCUAUGGAGGAGAUUAUGAAAGAUUUGGCUUACCAGGAUGGGCUGUAGCAUCCAGUUUUGGGAAUAUGAUCUACAAAGAGAAGAGGGAGUCUGUCAGUAAAGAAGAUCUUGCAAGAGCCAUAUUGGUCACCAUCACCAAUAACAUUGGCUCUAUUGCCCGGAUGUGUGCAGUAAAUGAGAAAAUAAACAGAGUUGUGUUUGUUGGGAACUUUUUGCGUGUGAAUACUUUGUCAAUGAAGCUUCUUGCAUAUGCACUGGAUUACUGGUCAAAAGGCCAGCUGAAAGCCUUGUUCCUGGAACAUGAGGGAUACUUUGGAGCUGUUGGUGCUCUGCUUGGGCUGCCAAAUUUCAGUUGAGAUACCAGAUGUCACUACACUGAACUAUUUUCCACCUGAACGACACUUGUUUAUGUCGAUGGGAACUAAAUCUGGGGAGGGGAGAAGGAAAUAGCUGAUUUUCUGUAACUUUUUAAGAAGUGAUUAAGCUACUGAGUAUUGCUGUUGUAAGGAAUGGGGUUUCACUCUGCUGGGCAUUGGCAAGUGAACUGUUUGUGCUGUUAUUUAUGUUCUUUGGUACGUGUAGCCAAUAGUGAACGUCUAAUAUACAAUACAUCCUUUGAAAACAACUUUCCAGAAACUCCAGAAAAAGGAAUGCCAAACCCUUAAGUGCUCCAGAUGCAAAUAUUGUAGGUUUAUUCCCAAAGCUUUAGGCCUAUCAGUUUUAUAUAUAAUUGAUGAAAAAUUAUUUUCAUUAGUUGCACUGUUGUUAUGAGCACAGGUUUUAUGUGCACUUGCAGAAAAUAAAAGAGAGCAAGGUACUAUUGAAAAAAUGAGGAAACUGUAGACAAUUGCUUCCCACAGUAAACAUAGUAAUUAUUUUAUUUUUUUAUGUGUAAUGGAAAUAGUAUUAAUGCUUUAAUUUCCAGUGGGAAGAAUAGAAACACAAAGAAUCAGCCAAAGCAACAGAUUAAGCAGUUGAUAUUUUGAAGGAUCCAUGAAGAUACCUUAAUUUAUUGGAAGAUUCAGCUGGUAUUUUGGGAAGAUUCCUCUGUCUUUGAUUGGAUUUGGAAAAUAAUGAGGUUAACCAUUUAUAAGAUUUUGAGGGGAAGAUUUUUAAUUUUUUUUUUUAUUUUAUUUUUUGAGGACAUGAUUUCCAAAAUGCCUUCUGGAUUACUUUUUUUUUCUCUUGCCUCAUAAGGUCUGUCAUCAUGAAUCAUCAUUUGUAAAGGUACCAUAAAACUUGAGAGAAUUGAAGAAAUCUUUGCAAAGUAGACUAGAUAUGGGACCUCAUAAUCCUGAUGCUUUGGCUUAUUUCUGUGCAAAAUUUGAAAAAAUUUUUGCCCCAUCCUACUGAUUUGAAAUUGUGAUUUCCCUGUAAUUUUCUAAGAGUUGAUCAGAAUUCCAGUAGAUGUUGAAUUUGAAGGGUUACUUUUGGAUUUGGAAGUUUGUUUUUGGAAGUUGUGGACAGCAUCAGAGUUUGUAUUGCAGCAGCAAAUGGACCAAUAUUUAAUGCACUUGCAGAAUGGAACCAUUCAUCAAAUUGUGGCCUUGGGAUAAAAUCUGUACUCUGGAACUGAUUUUUGGGGUUUUGUGUAGACUUUUAAAAUUCACUGUUGUGAUUCUUACAAUAACUUUAGUCCUGAAGCCAGGGCAUGACAUCUUAAACUUACAGGACUAUUGUACAGUCAGUAGCUGUAUGACUUUUUGUGGACUAAAGAACUACCCGAUUUUGUGAUAUUUUCAUGUAAAAUUUAUUUCCUGUGAGUGCACGAGGAGCAGCCAGACUCAAACACAUUCAUAUCUCGGGGUUUAAGGUUUUUAAAACUGAUUGCUCGAGUAUUCCACAGCAUGGCUGUGUUGUAUUUACAGGUACAUCCCUCUUGUGUUAGAAACCUUUCUGCUCUUUUCAGUCUUCUCUUUCUCAAAAUUCAAAGCCCCAAACUAACAUCACAGGUUUUUGCUUUUAAAAUUUUCUGUGGUCCUUGAAGAGUACAGUACUUUAGAGUAGGCAACUCAUUAAGUGCAAUGCUAAUCACAAAUACAAUUCCAUUUAUUGUUGCUUUUCCUGGUACUUGUACUACAUUUCCAGUGUGCUCACUUUGAUGUUUCACUAUAGACAUAAAGAACUAAAAAUUACACUCACAGUUCAGCUGAUCUAAUACUAAAUCAGAGCACUUCAGAAAAUAAGUGAAUACGGUUUUUAUAGAAUGUCUUUUUAAAUGCUGUAAACUGUUCCUUUUGAGUUGGGAUUGACUAUUAAAAGUAACCUUUCUGUGGUUAUGAAACUGUGUAAAAACUUAAUUUUCUGAAUGUUCUGGCAGCCUGCUGAAAAUUUUGCAAACUAACUGCAUAUUUUACUUGCAAAGGGUGCUUUAAGAGACAUACUACAGCUCCAUUAGAAACAGUUCCUUUAGACCAUGUUUAUUGCUACUUCACUUGGUUUAUGAUACUGAGAGUCCUCUUGAAGCAGUAGUUAGGAGCUACUUGUAUAUUUAACCAAAAAGCACAUAUAGAAGAUGAUGACCUAAUACCCAUAGUUAGUUAAACCAACUGAGGUUGAUGUGACCUAACAUACAUUUUUAAAGUAAACUGUACAGAGUUACAAAAUAAGCAAAUGGAGUAAUUCUUGAAUAGCUGUACUGUAUAGAAACUACUGUGAGAAUCAAAAAGUAUGCCCUACCUCUGUUUUAUUUCCUUCGAGCUUCUAAAAAAAUCAGCUUCCUGUUGCUAAUUCUAUCAGCACAAUUAUUACUUCAUUACAAGAGCAGCCUCAGUAGUUGUCAAGCCCUACUGUAAAGCCCAAGGAUCCUGUAUUUAAGCCACAUCUUUGGGUUUCAUCUCAUUUUCUGUCAGCUUAGAACUUGUUAUUAGUCUCCAAAGAUUGACUCUGCCACCAGGAGAAAUGAUAGGCAUCACAAAUAGUUGCAGGAUAAGCCUUAAUGUCUUUUCUUCUAAAUUCUCUUGUGAACAGGUUGAAAAGGUUUGUUUCUUUUCUAUGAAUCACUGAAGUAUGUUGCUUUUUCCUGAUAUAGAGUCUGUUUUUACUUUCACCCUUGCCAUUUCUUUUCCUCAGAGCUAAUUGGUUGAAGCACCUUUAGGAUGAAUUGAUUCAGUGUGAUGUACUAGAGUAGAGAAAAUGUGGGGUUUUCUCAGGAGUGCUGUUGUCUUCUCAAGUGGAACAGCUUUCUAGGGGAAAGUUCUGCGAUAGUUCUUGAAAGUAAAAUGUGAGACCCAUUUUGAAUGUUGUAAUCAUUUACAGCCCGGUCUGCCAUGUGAGUGCCUUUUAAUUUUUUCAUAUAAUGCCAAUUUUACAGUACUGGGACUUUUAUCAAUGAGAUUUCCUAACCAAUAUUACGUAACAAAGAAAUGGCAGGUAAUUUUAUUGGCUGUGGAGAUCAUCCCCUUAAUCUUGGCAUAAGGAUUUUGCAUUUCUUGGUCUUACCCCUUUAGCUUGGUCCUUUUCAAGUAUUAUGCACAGUUUUAUUGUAUCAGUAUCUCCCAAAAAAUCAUGCAAAUUUAUAGUGAGAUAAGUACUGUUUAUUUCUGGGUAGAGAAGUUCAAUCUUAGGUGAAGUUGUUCCAAGCUAUUAAACAUAACCACUUUGACCUUUCUAAGUCUACUUGGGUAAUUGCAGUUUGAAUUAAAGGGGAACUCUUAAAAUACAUCUUGAAUAUUUAACAGUCUGGAAUUAAAACAUCCUCAGUAUUCUUUACUGAACCUAGCAGAGGUUUAAGUACAAACAAUUUUUCAUUCUUUUGAGUAAAGUCUCAAUACAUUUAGGAAUUCAGAGAGAAGCUACAGUGCUACACCCCAUGUCUUAGCUUGCUUAAGAUUUCCAAAGUGUGUUCUGGUGUCUGCCCUGCCUUUUGAAGAUGUUUCCCUCUCAAGCACCUAUGUGAUUCUACCAACAGGUGCUCAUAAUCAAGAGUUUCACGGUGGAAAGAAGAGAAACCAACCACAUUGCCCCACUUAGAGCUUUUAAAUAUACAGCUGAGGCUGGCUUUUCUGGAUGGAUCAUCUGCUCUUUCAGUGGUACUGUGGCAUUCCUACUUGCACUUGAGUUGGUAGUAUAGAUGCAAGGUGCUUUAAGGUCUGUAAUACUCUUUCUAUCUACCCAAUAUAGGUUUUCAGGAAACACCUGUUUCUAGAUUGGUUGAAAUAACUUCUCCUUUCUAAGUCUUUCAAAAUAACAAUGUGGUUUUAGCAUUUGGAACUAAUUAAAGGGCCUUUCAUCCAGAAGGGAGCUCUGCUGAUGGUGUCUUUCGCAUCCAGUCAGUAAUUUUCAUUAAUGAAUAAAUUUUCAGUCAACCUGUUUUUACAUAUCCCUUUUACUGUUGGCAUUCUGGAUAUCACUGUAAUCCUGAGGAAGCAGUAAGUUCAGAGCAGAGUUGGAGGUCAGUGUGGUUCUGUUGAGCUAGUUCUGGUCAGUUUUAGUUAUAACAAGACUAAUUCUUUCCCUAAAUUCUUUCUUUGUCACUUGUCCUUCUUAUCUACAUCUUUUUUAUGUAGUCUUAAAAAAUCACAUACUAUGUAACAGAGCCUUGCUGAGGUUAAAAAGUGAACAAACAUCUGUGGGUUAGGUUGGAAGUGUUUGAGCAAGGCCUGUAAGUCCCAGUGCAGAGCUGGGGACACACUUGGCACAGUUUCUGUUUGGGUGUGGUAAUUUUUUAAUUUCCCAUUAAUGCACAGUCAGAGGGGAUGGGCUUCACAAUCGUUGUAAAUGAAAUGGAAGAAUUUAGUCCUCAGACAUGAACAUGGGAGAUUAAAAAAAUGUUUUUUCACAGUAGAAGGAUAAUUCCUGCCUAAAGUUCUUUAAAGUUUUACUUAUGUAUUCCAAAGUACACCCACCAGUAUUUUGUCAACUGUGGUAAAAUUAAUAAUUCUUUAAGUUAACGAAAAACUGUAAACAAGCCUAUUUUAUUAGUUUCAUUUAUGUCACACGUGGAAAGCAUAUUAAGUAUUCUUAAAAACACACUUUUGAAGACAGAUGAUGCUGUAAUAUGUCUGUAAUUAUCAAUGUGCUGAUGGAAUAGGUUUGAGCAAUCUCAGUUUGUAUAACUGAGUGUCAAAUCCUGCUCGCUCUGUAGUUACUUGAGUAGAUCAUUCUUUUAAAUUUAUGAGCAAGAUUUGGCCUCAAGGUGUUCUGCCUGGGGAGCACAGUAAUGCUACUUUGCAUAUUCCUGCUGGUGCUAAAUCAUUUGUUGAAAAUAAAGAUUCUAAAUAGAAAUUGUAAAUAAAAUACUUAAUGGCCUGGUCCUUUUGACAGACUUAAAUUCUAUCAUUUGCCAAUACGUUUUGGCCUUAUUUUGAGUUUCCCUUUUGUGUUUGUUUUUUUUUUUGACUGUGUGGACUGUGUUUGUUGAUGUGGCAAGUCAUUGGCGGGUGUGGCUUCCUGUGCUGCUUUGUGUAAGGCCCGUGGCACACUAGGAGACAGAUGAGUUUUCAUAGCUGGAUUUCCAUGUUAUCCUUCAUCUUGUUUUGUUACUGUAGCUGUUUGCAUAGAUUCUGUCAAGUAGCACACAAUUGGCAUUUGUUCUCUGCUGAAACUUCUAAGAAAGUCAGCCACUACUGAAAGUGUUUAGGAAAACUGUCGAAAAGUCAGAAAUAACCAUUUAAAGUCAUUUUUAAAUCUAAAUAUGCUAAUUAGAGUCUCCUAUAAAAUGAAGUGGAUUGUAGUGUGCUGGUUGCUCAUCUUUGCUAUAAAUUGCUGGCAUUUCACAAUUCCCAUUUAUGGCAUCAGUUUAAAAAAUUGUAAAUACAGGCUUUGGGAGGAGGUAUAUUAGUUUCAGAUUGUGCAUUAUGAAAGACUAGGGAACUAGUCUUUUGAGAUAUAUUAAAUUACAACACCGAGAACAUGAAAACUAAUGUGUUUGUGUUAAGAGUAUAGAGGGCUUUAGAUAACUUGCACUUGUGCAUUCUUGAGUUUUGGCAUUUUAACAAACAUUUGAUUUUCCAUUGAUUGUCUCGUCAUAUGCAGGCCUUGUAAUCACCAGAUGCUGUCUCCAAGUAUUUGUUUUAGUUAGCAAAGCUGAGGCAAAUUUGUACCUUGUAAAACCCUGGUAGGAUGGAAGUUCUCUAAAGAGCCAUUUGGUUAAGUUGCCUUAUUCUAUUACAUUGCACUCAUGGUAUGUCUCUGUUUUCUUGUUUACUGUUCAGACACUGAAGAUGUGAUGUUAAAAUAUGUGCUACAAAUUUUUCAUCAUAAAUUACUCAUUAAUACCUUUGUGUCACCUGUUUAACAGCUCUUGUAAAUGAUGCCUUUAUGCCAUCUGUAAUACAGCUCUUGUAAAUUGUUUAAAUUAUUUUUCUUUUUAUAGAUUCUCAUUAUUGAAUGUACAGAUUAGAUCCCUUUGUUAUGUCACGGAGUAAUUUGAUUUGGGCCCAAAUACGGACAAUGCUGUAAUUCAUCCCAUCAGAACUGUAAAUAAUUCUUUACUGCUUGUUUGCAUGAGUGAAGUUUGAAUUUCAUUUGCUUUGUAAUAAACCAACUCUUCUGUCAUGGGCCUACUUUUUACAGUUUAUUUCCUGGUUUUAUUACCAUUUGUCCUGUAUGAAUGUUGAAACAGUACUUUGUCUUUUCCUAAUAAAUAAUUUGAGAUUGUUCA